GUAUUUUUGAGCCAAUGGAUUCACUGGCACGGAUUCUUGAUACCUGCCGUUGUUUAUAACUCUUUCUUUCUCUGAGAAAUUGAAGAAAUCAAAAUCCUUUUUUUGGCUAUAAAAUCUUGUUCAUUGUCUUCACCAACUCAUCUUUAAACCAGGAACUACUUUGUCCUUUCUCUUCUUCGUUACUUCUCCUUUCUCUCAAGACUCCAAGAAAACCACAAAUCUAAAGAAGGGUUUAUAUUUAUAUAUAGAUAUACAUAUAUAUAAUCAAAUUUACAAGAAAAUAGUCAUGGAGUCGUCUUCUGGGUCUAGAAGGCCUUGUUUCAUUGAGGAAGAUGAUGGGUUAGCUUCUAUUGCUGGUAUGGAAGCUGGAUUUUCAGGUAAUCAUCAGCACCACCACCCAUUCUUUUCUCGGUCGCUUUGUUAUGGGAGGAGGGGUAGUCUCAGGAACUUGUCAUCGUCUAUUUCUUCUCCAAGAUCCGCUAGGUUUUAUGAUGCGAGAUUUGAGGAUCAUCAACCCCAUUUCUUGGAAGCUUGUUAUCUUUGCAAGAAACCACUGGGUAACAACAGAGACAUCUUCAUGUAUAGAGGGGACACUCCAUUCUGCAGUGAAGAGUGCAGGCAAGAACAAAUAGAGAUAGAUGAAGCUGAAGACAAGAACUGGAACCUUUCUUCUUCCAUGAAAGCAUUAAGGAAGAAAGACCAGAAGAAAUCUUCUAUGUCCCCUACCAAAAACCAAGGCUGCCCUUCACGUGCAGGCACCGUAGCUGCAGCUUAAUUUUACAUUAUAUAUAUAUAUAAAUAUAAUAACAAUAAUUAAUUUCCCCUGAGAAACAAAAAAAAGAAAAUUACAAAACCAACAGUUUGUGUAUGUUACUAUGGUUUGAAUCUUGAUGAUGGUUUUUGUCCACCAAGAAAUCAAGAAUAGGCCCAAGCCAUGGAGAGGGAGUUUGGAGGACAAGAAGACCCAUUUUGAGAGUUUUCUUUGUAUUUUAUUUUAUUUUUUUUUUUUGGGUUUUUCUACCUUCUGUGAAUUUUAUAACUAUGUAUGAGGAGUGCGUGUGUGGCUUGAUGGACUGUGCCAUGAUCUGGCUCUCUGGUGUUUUUUUUUAAAACCCUAGAAGGGAUCCUUUUCUACUGAUGUGUUGAAGAAGAAAUGACGAAAAGGAAAUUUCUAUGAGAGCUCACACAGUCAA